CAGUGCGUAGUUGUAGUUUUAGUGGGUCGGGUUGCUGCGCUGGAGCAGAUAUUAAUCUGGUGCUCGGGACUACAUUGCCCGGGGGGAGCGCGCGGUGCGUGUCUCGGGUUACUGUGGGUGUUUGGUCGAUGAGAGGAGGGCGAGCUCCGGUUUAUGGGCUCUGGUGAAAAACAUGGCAGGAGCGGGCGCUGGAGCGGCGGCGGGACCCGGGCAGUGGUCUUUCGGCGGCGGCGGCGGCGGCGGGGGUGGAGGCGGCAGUCUGCGGAAGUUCAGCGAGAAGAUCGCCCUGCACACGCAGCGCCAGGCUGAGGACACCGCGGCUUUCCGGGAGGUUAUGAUGGACAUCACUUCCACCAGGAUUCAGGCUCAGAGACUUCGGCAAGUCAGAAGUCUGGCAUCCUACUACGGGGGAUCGCUGCCAAAUGUCAAUCAGAUAUCAAAAUGUUCCACUGAGUCUCAGGACCACCUGAGACUAGAUCAUGGCCACAGAGAUCACAGACCCAUCCCCCUAGGAAGGCCAAGCAGGAGACAUACUGACAGCACUCCCUAUCUGUCCCUUCACUUGUCUCCUCCUACUGGCCCCAGCUGGCGGAGACAAUGGUCAAUGAGACCUGUGAAUGAAAGAAGCCAGUUAGACCAACUGCCAGUCACAACCUUAAACAGGACUAACUCAGACUCGGCUCUCCACACCAGUGUAAAGAUCACCAGCAACAUGGAUUCUAAUUCUACACAAGUCCUGACAGCUUGUUCCAGAAAGACUGGGACCCCAUUAUUUCGACGUCCUGUGCCUCUGAUUGAGGAGACUGUUCAGGAGGAGGGGAGACCUCUUAAAUCUCAGAAGAUGUCCUCAGUGUUAUCUGGAUGUGACAACCCAGGAAAUGGUAUUUUCCCUUCUCCGGACCUGAGCUGCCCUCUCACCGCUGCACCCUCUCUCAGUACAUGUGGAUCCCUUCCAGACCUCUCCAGCCUGCAUUUGCCUUCUGCAGGGCCUGAGGCCAUUUACCCAGAACCUCAGAGCCAUGCCACUUCACUCAACAGCCCCACUGGCAUGCACCCCAUGUCAGGCACUGCUGCACAUUCUGCCAACAUUACUGACAGUUUAUCAUCAUCAUCUCUCCAGACAUCCACCAGUAAUCCCCUGCUUCAGUCUUCGCUAAGCAACCCCAACCUCCAGACGGCUCUGAGCAGUCACUCCCUGGUGGAAGAGUGUUUUAGCUCCGCCUCCUUGUCGCUCAGCAACUCCUCCCUGCAGUCGUCCCUCAGCAGCCAUUCCCUCCAGUCCUCCCUGAGCAGCUCCUCUCUGAGUAAUCAGUCCGUGCAAUCUGCAGCCAGCUUUUGCAGCUACAGCAGUGGGAUUGGUGGCUCGUCCUCCUCUCUGUCUUGCUCACCACAUACGUCUGGGCAGGGCAUGGUGCCACGUAACGCUUCAUCAUGGAAGAGAUCCCAGCUCAACCCACUCAUGGUGCCAAGUGGGGGAGAACUAGUUUGGCAACAGCCAAAGCAGCUCAUGCCCAACAUGUCCCCAACAUUCUACCCCAUGACCCAGGGGGUACCUCUUGAUUCCACCAAAGUGUCACAAGAGGCCAAACCAUCAAUGUACCAUCAACCAACAAGCCAUGCAAAGAUGUAUCAGCCUGUACAUCAGCACUGUCAGCCAGAUGUAUGGGAUCAGUCCAGACAAAACGCAAGAAAACAGUGCCAACACCAAGUCUUACCACAGUCGAGCUCUCAGUCUAAACCCCAGCCACAAUAUCCUCAUCACUCACACAGUAAAGUACAGCCACGCCUUCUGAAUCCACAGAACUACGUCUCCCAACAGCAGCUACACGAACAAAAAACAAACUUACAACACUGUCAACAAAACCAGCAGACUCAGUAUCAACAAACACUGCACCAACAGUGCCAACCUGCACAACAGUACCUACAGCAACAGCAACAUCCACAGCCACAGCCAUAUCCACAUCAGCACACACACCCACUGCACUACCAGCAGCAAUAUCAAAUACACAACCAGUGUUGGAAUCCACAGCAGCUCAUGCGCCACAGCCAGUCUCAGCACCAGUACCAGUACCAAGGCCAGCCUGAAGGUCCACCAAGACCCUUCCCAGAACAGCAGCAGUUUCCACCACCCUCCAUCCAUGAGAUAACUUCUCAGAAAGAAGACCACCAACAUAACCCACCCAGCACUGGAGCACAAGAACCUCCUGAGGCAUGCAUGCGAAUAAAGGAACUGCCAUCUAAAGACCUUCAGUCUAAGAUGCCGGUCAUCGAUCCUCGACGAGAGAGAACAACCCUCUACCAUAAAGGGGUGCAUUCUCAGAGAGACCACCUUCAGCCCAGUGAAGUGGCUUCAACAAGUGACCUGGAUGAGGAAUUUCAGCUUCACAAUGAAUCCUAUGUUGGCCUUCAGCUGACACCUAGCCAAGCAGAAGCUCUCUCACAGAAGCUUGGCCAACUCCACAAAGUGCCUGAUGAUGUCACCAAGUACCAGGAGGUAGAGGAGGAAGUGUUGCCUGUUGAUGAGCAUGAUGAGCGUCUACUUACGGAAAGUCUUAGUGAGGAAGGAUUAGGUGGUCUUUCCAGCAGCAGCAUUGCAGUGUUGUUUCCCUGGCUGGAUGAUGAUCUGCCCGAUCUGCCAGACUCCAUCCCAGAGUUUGACCUGGAGCCCUUAAGCUACUAACAGAAAUAACUGGGUUAAGCCACAUAUCAUCUGAAAAAACGUGUAAGAAAGACCCGUGAGGAGAGAAGACCAUAUCAGAGGAAAUUAAGAAUGGUCUUCACUGUAAUUUUAAUACAUAUGUAGAAUGUAUAGAUAUAGUAUAUUAAAUAGACCCAGGUGGUCUUUAUGAAUAGAAUGAAUAGAAAAGUUGUGAAUAGAGAUUAAUAAAUACAAAUACAUAUUCAGGUGUAUGUAUAGUGUAAAUGAAAGUAUAAUGAUGUUGCAAUCUGCAUUUUUAAAUGUAAUUUAUUUUUUAUGCAAAAUGCAGAUAUAAGAAUGUGCUUAUAUCCUGACAUGCCAAGAGUCAUUUUACAGGAGGAAAUAUCAUAGAAUGUUAAAGUGCAACUGCACAACUCCGGAAAUUGAAUGUCAUGUCCGUCAUGUCCGUUUGUCACCGACUAUCUGGCCUCAGUCAAAAAAUCCAGUAAUUCACAUUGCCUUGCCAUGAGCACGCUGGCCAGGCUUCAAACUUACUUUUGCACAUGUGUGGGCAUUUCCAAGCCGUCCCUUGAGGUAACACUUUAUGAUAAGUUAAAAUACUGCUGUCCCUUGACUUUUGGCAUGUCGGUGUCAUUUCUUUUUUUCAUUGUAAGUUGAUAGAAUUCAAAGUGGAAUUCAAGUGCAAAUCUUUAAAUCAAACUGUUGUUCUGUUUUAUUCAGAGCUGUUUUCAUUACAUUUUUCAAGACAAAACCUACAAAUGCUACAAAUGCCUAGCAUCUGAUGCUAAUGACUUACUGGCCUACUUAUCCCUAGCAUAGUAUUUAUGACCAAGCAUCAAAUCAUGCUCUACUCGUAGUUAAUGUGCCAUCUAACAUGUAAUUACAAUUUUUUGAAGUAUAAACACCAGUGUGUAGUGAACCAAAAGUAGAAAUGAACUUAAUAAGAAACCAGAGGCCUUUACAUUGUUCUUCAGGUUAACAUGUUACAGAAAUGAAAUAAAAUGGGUUACAUUUCUUUGCUUCUACAAAUGCCGUUUUUAAGCUCUUUAUAUGAACAAUAAAUUCAGUUAUUUUUGGUUCA